UCCACCGAUGUAUCCAUGGCAACAGCUUCUAGUGUUGAUCAUCCCAAGAUGGCGGACCAGGAAACGUCCACGGCGCUCCCUCUUUCUACCGAAGCCAAGAAACGACGAGCACCUAAAGCUCCAGAGCUUCCAAUUGUGGAGAGGAGAAACUGGCUAAUUCACCAGCACUACAUACGCAAAGACUAUGAUACCUGUAAGGCGAUCGUCAAAGAACAGCUCCAGGAGACUAAUGGAAUGUGUGAAUACGCCAUAUAUGUUCAAGCACUAAUAUUGCGUCUCGAGGGCAAGAUCCAGCAGUCCCUGGAGCUGUUUCAGAGCUGUGCCAUCCUUAACCCCAGCAGUGCUGACAAUCUCAAGCAAGUGGCUCGAUCCUUAUUUCUCCUGGGAAAGCACAAAGCAGCCAUUGAAUUCUAUCAUGAAGCUGCAAGACUCAAUGAAACAGACUGGGAGAUCAGUCAUAAUCUGGGUAUGUGCUGUUUCUUCAUCAAAGACUUCAAAAAUGCUGAGGAGCAUCUCGGUAUAGCGCUACAGAUAAAUAAACACGAGAAGACGUUCAUGGUGCUUGGGAAAGUCCACUUGCUGGCCGGAGACACUGACAAAGCCAUAGAGGUGUAUAAGAGAGCAGUGGAAUACUUCCCAGAGAACACUGAACUCCUCUCUACUCUUGGCCUGCUUUUUUUACAGCUUGGGAAAUAUCAGAAAGCUUUUGAGCACCUUGGAAAUGCCCUCACGUUUGACCCCAACAAUUAUAAGGCCAUCCUGGCUGCAGGCAGCAUGAUGCAGACCCACGGCGACUUUGAUGUGGCCAUGAACAAGUACCGAGUGGCGGCGUGCGUCGUGCCCGAGAGCCCCCCUCUGUGGAACAACAUUGGCAUGUGCUUCUUUGGGAAAAAGAAAUAUGUAGCUGCCAUCAGCUGCCUGAAACGUGCCCACUACUUGUCUCCUUUUGACUGGAAAGUGUUGUACAACCUGGGUCUGGUGCACCUGACCAUGCAGCAGUACGCCUCAGCUUUCCACUUCCUCAGUGCAGCCAUCAACCUGAACCCACGAAUGGGGGAACUCUUCAUGCUGCUGGCGGUUGCUCUGACUAACUUGGAGGAUGUCGAGAAUGCCACCAGAUCAUAUGAACAAGCAGUGACUCUGGACGAAUCCAACCCUCUGGUUAACCUGAACUUUGCAAUCUUUCUUUAUAAUCAUGGUGACAAGAAAGCAGCUCUGAAUCAGUAUCAGGAGAUGGAGAGCAAAGUCAAUUUGCUUCGAGACAGUAGUAGCAACUUUGAAUUUGAUGCAGAGCUGAUUGACAUGGCUCAGAAGAUGGGGGCAGCCCUGCAUGUGGCUGAGAGUCUGGUGUGGACCAAACCAGGCAAGGACUCCAAAUCUAAACCAAACUCGGCCGCAGCCACCAAAACACCCGGUGCUCCCCUCGGUACCAACCAAGCUCUAGGUCAGGCCAUGUCUUCUGCUGCGAGCUACAACAAGAACAUCCAGCUGCCAACAGGAGUUUCAAAAGAUACCUCACCCCUCGAACCAGAACCUGAUGUGGAGAAAGCCCCCAGCCCACCCAGCGACCCUCCAGGCUCCCCACAGCCUGCAGAGUACGACAAACCCAGAAGCUCCAAGACCAAAACCAAGGUGGAGGAAUGAAUUGGCUCAGGGGGUUCAAUCGUGUUUGCUAUCUUUGUGAUUUCGAUCAUAUUGUGGAGCAAAGUUUGCCGAGCCACUUGUGCUUUUCCAGCUCAUGAAGCCUUUAUUUAUCAGGCAUUCCAAGUUUUUCAGUCAUUUACACUGAAAAGAGCAAAGUCACUCGCGGCACACGUCCAUCACAGCAUUUAUUUGAGGAACAUUAAAUGUUAGUAUUGCUGCUUACUUUUUUAACCAAACAUCCCGGGAUCAAGCAAGUCUGGCUUAUAAAUGUGUGUAGAUGUGGCAGGUUUGGUGCACAUGUCCAAACCAGGUAAUGGAUGACAAAAAUGGUAAUAUAUGCAGUGUAGUGUUAAUACAAGGAUGAGCUUCGAAACAAGGUUACAUGUAGAAUUGUCUUUCCUUCAGUUGUUCCUUCAUGUGUCCCUGCUGCUGAAAUACAAAAGAACAUUUUUGCGACAAUCACAACCAAAGUGUGACGACAGAAAGGGAUGUUUACAGGUUACAUGUUACAGGAUGCUGCUUGUUUGUAUGAUGGGGUUAUUUUUAGAGUUUAGUGUAAAUAGUGAUACACGCUUUUAUAUGUAGAUACAUGUAAUGUUUAAAGAGUAAUGUAUUUAUUAUUAAAGAUAAGAGUUUAAAUGAA